AUGUCUGAAAUAAUCCCUCAUGUAUAUUUGUCAUCAAUUGUUUAUGCAAAAGAUUAAAAUUGGCUUACCAAGAACUAAAUCUAGAAUAUUUUAAUAAUAGGAGACUUACCUUAGUAUUUUCCUUCAAAAUUUUCGUAUAAAUGCAUUUAGAUUGAAGAUAAACCAGAAACUAACAUAAAGUAAUAUUUUGAAGAAUGUAUUGAAUAUAUUGAUUCAAUAAUUGCUCAAAAUAAAAAUAUUUUAGUUCAUUGUUAUGGUGGUUAGAGUAGAUCAGUGACCAUCAUAACAGCUUAUAUUAUAAGAAAAUUAAGGCUCAAUUCGUUAAGAGCUUUAAAUUAUGUAAAAUAAAAGCAUGCCAGAGCUGAACCUAAUCAAGGAUUCUUAGAUCAACUGAAGACAUUUGUAUGA